GAGGUCUGUGGAACUAAAUUCAAGAGAAAUCAAAGCGGUGGAGAACAUUCUGCUUCCUGUUAUGAUAAAAAAGAUGGCUGCAGAGAUGGAAGAUUUAAGCAUGCAUGAAAAACGGAUACUACUCGCAAAUGUGAAAAAAGAAUGCAAGAAGUUGAUGGAAGAAGCAGUCACUAAAAAAUUUAUUCACACAGAUAGUAGUUCAGUGACAUCGUUAUGCAGUGCAAUUGAAUGCUGUAUUAUUUACAAACUUAAAAAAAGGGCUGGAGGACUAUUGCCUGCUAUAACUAACAGUGAUGAUGUAUUGAGCAAGAUUGCAAAAUUUUGCCCUGCCGCAGAGAGCAUACAGAAAAUUUCAGCGAAGUUGUAUCAUCAACAAGAAAUUAAGGACAAGUCGAUACCGUUUAUAUCAUUUGACAGAAUUAGUGAUGAGAAACUGAAUUCACCUGAAAGAAAACAGCUUAAUGGAUACACUGUUACUGGGUUUUGCACAAAGUAUUUAUGGAUACGCUUAGCAUUACUAGAAAAAGUGAUCAUACCAAUAAUAUCAGCUCUAAUAGACAAUGCCAAAGAAUUUUAUGAAAAUGAUGCAUUAUUAACAGAUCAAGUCCAUGCUCCAUCACUGGUAUGGUUAUUAGAUGGACCAUGUUCAUUAGACUAUUCAAAGAUGAAAACACCUGAAACAAUUUGGAUUGACCCAUCUGCCGGGGAGCUGGUGCAGCGUCAUCGUAUUUACAGCUUACCUGCGAUGGGCAACAGCACAAAAUUACCGGAUCAAAAAAGAAGAAGAUUAUUUUCUGUUUCUUCAGUGGAGAAACAAACAGCUUUGACUGGUGUGCCAACAUUGGCCAGAGAACAUGUUGAAUCAUUACACCAAAAUGCAAUAACUACAUUACUUUAUGGAAAGAACAACGUUGAAUUAUCUCUGACGGGGUUUGUAUCACCUAUACAUGGCUAUCUGUCUCUCCACAAAACAUUAGACAGCUUGUUAUUGAAAUGGACGCCAAAUCCAAUGCUGCAAGAAGUUGAAAGUGCUGGUGAAAAAAGUGAAUUCUGGGAUCAAGCCACAACAGUUGAUUUAGCAGAUGUCGUUUAUCUUCACUGUCACAGCGCAGGUGAAAAUGUUGGUAAAAUAGUCCUCAUCAGCCAAGAUGGAGUGCAACUCUCUCCCCUUCUUUUCCCCACUGGUGGAUCACUGCUGUCCUUUUUAACGUGUCUUGAGCAAGGUCUGAGUCCAAAUGGACGUUUGGAUCCACCACUGUUUAACAAACAAAACGCUAUGCAAACGUGGUCGAAAUUUAGAAAGAAUGUGCUCACUGAUAAACUGGUUAACGCGUUUCAAGAUUUGAAAACAGGGAGUGAUGCGGACACACAAGACUUUGUUUUUCGAGUUGUAUAUUCUUCAUCUUCGAAAAUAGAUAAAAGUGAACUACGUAAGCUUCUAUACACACAAAAAUCAACUGGAGAAACAAGCAGACCUUGGUCGAAAUCGAAAACACAAAGAAAAACAUUAGUCCCUAAAAUGCAUACAGUGAAUCGAUUGAGCAGAAGUAAAGCUAUCCCAUCAAGAAUCGCAUUAAAUUUAGCAUGUGAGAAAAUGAGACAUCAGAUUUUAUCGAGAGCUUUUAACGGAUGGUUAUCAAGUUACCGUCACCUAAAGACAGUAAGGACACAUCUAGCAUCGUUGGUACUCCCAUGGUCAACUGAUGAUGUUGUUCCAGAACAUGCUGAGAGAGGGUUGACAGGCGAGAGAUGGAAGCAAAUGAAAUUCGAUGGACUGCGUCAACAUAUUCAAGAAAUUCGGCAGCUUGUGUAUUAUGGUGGCGUUGAACAUUCUAUAAGGCACGAGGUGUGGCCGUACUUACUGGGUCAUUAUAUGUUCACAUCGGAUGCGUAUAAAGUAAAAGAAUACGAAAAAACGACACAACAAAAUUAUACACAAGUGCUUGAAGAAUGCAAAUCUAUAGAACAGUUAUUGCAAGAAAAAGAAAAAGAUUUGCUUGCUUUGAAUGGUUUCGCAAACGGGGAGACCUUUGGACGCAUCGACGCAGGGUCGGUCAACACACACGACUCGACAAAUAAUGAUGUCAGUAACGAAACCCUAGACUGUACUUCGCGAGAUGUUAGUAUUAGUUCUACACACUCCGAAGGUGCAGAGAGUAUAAACUCUUCACACGACACGGAGGAACACACACCUCCAAAUAAGGAGUUCUCUCUCAUUAAAAGCUUACUGGAGACGAAAGACAAUUUACGUGAAAUGGUAGAAAACGCUUCAGCACGCGGGACAACUGCGUGGAAUAACUUAACAAAAAAAAGUAAAAAAAAGAAAAAUAUCAAAACGGAUUUGAAAGAAUUUAACGGGUUACCUCCUACGUUAACAAGUGCGAGGAGUUUUGAUUUAGAACUAGAAUGUCAGUCGUGCGGAAAGAAGAUUAUUGAAAGUCGUCAAAGUGUUGCGGACGGCAAAUUUCACGAUAAUAACAUUGAAACUGUCGAAUGUUUCGCCUGUAAACAAGAACGAAACUGCGUGACGCAAUAUGACGCAGAGGUGUCGCCUUAUAAGAUUGGCGUGAGCCCCACUUCUGUUGUGUACGAUCAUACUGAAGAAAGAGAUAAGGAUACUGACAUCGUGAUGAUCAACGGAGAAGGAACGCCGUUACAGAAAUGUUUGUCGCUCUCCUCCGUGGGAAGUUCGUACGCUGACGACAUUUUAAAAGAUUUCGCGCUCAACAUUCAUCGCAUUGAUAAAGACGUUUUGCGAUGUGAUAGAAACCAUCCUUAUUUUGCCCAAGAAAGCAAUCUUGAAAAAUUAAGAAAUAUUAUGAUGACUUACGUUUGGGAAAGACUCAACAUUGGUUAUAUUCAAGGAAUGUGUGAUUUAUGUGCACCACUAUUGGUGAUCUUGGAUGACGAAGCCAAAGUGUAUGGAUGUUUUCUUAAAAUGAUGAACAAAAUGACGCACAAUUUUCCUCAUGGUGAGGCCAUGGAUAUGCAUCUGUCGAAUAUAGGCUCGCUUAUUCAGAUCCUGGACCCAGAACUGCAUGAAAUUUUAGAGGCGCAUGGCGAUAGUACGAUAUUUUAUUUCUGUUAUCGAUGGUUUUUACUUGAUUUUAAGCGAGAACUUGUGUACGAAGAUGUUUUUCUGGUAUGGGAGACGAUUUGGGCUGCAUCCACGAUAUCAUCGGAACAUUUUAAUUUGUUUGUAGCACUGGCUAUUAUUGAACUUUACAGGGAGAUUGUUAUUGACAAUAAGAUGGAUUUUACUGACAUCAUCAAGUUUUUCAACGAAAUGGCUGAACAACAUGAUGUUCGCGCUGCGUUGAAUCUCGCACGAAACAUUGUGCGCAAAUUGCAAGACAUCAUGCAUCCAGGUGAGGUUGACUUGCUCCAUGUGGUGGAGGGUUAUGAAAAAAUCAAGGGAGAUGGAGAUCAACGACGGUAAAUGUAAAAGAGAUGCUUUGAUUCAGGUUUGGCUGCUUCUGGAAAGUAAACCUAUUUUUAACAAUGUACAACGUGACGCCUUUUAUGUCGGCGACUUAGUUGUUAGUGUUAGUAACCGGCGACGUGAAGAGGGUUGUCGUAGAAACGACGUAAAUAAUUUCUUUCAUAUUUAAAUGUUUUAUUUUUAUAUAUUUAAUUUUGAAUAUUUCGUUAUCUACGAAAAUGUAUAUACAUGAAUUAUAUGUUAAUAUUAAUGCAAUUAUCUAUCCUGUGUUUCUUAUAAAUUAGCACAGAAAGAGUUAUCGGUACAGGAAAAAUAGUCCGUGCUGUUUCGCAUUUUAGACCAUGUUUAUACAUAGAGGAAGGUUUUGUAUUUGUUGGGUAUACAUGGAUUUGUUUUCAAACACGUUAAUGUACAACAUUUUGAUCCCAAACAUUUAUAGGCUGUCUACUGAUCCUCUAAACAUGUUAUUAUUGUGUGUUCUAACAAAAUUACUAAGGGCGGUAAAAUGGGCGUAGGAUAUAUUUUUUUUAACUAAAGAUGCUUAUAGUUUUAUAAUAAAAAAUAUGGUAGGAUAAAUUUUCUUUCAUCUCUUUAGAUUAGUUAAAAAAGAAUUUGAUAUAUUUUUUUUCGUGUUGUAAAUACAAGAUGUGACCACUCACAAUUGCUCCCAUGUGUAUUGUUGACUCUUUGAGGAAAUAUAGCUUUGAGAAAAAGUCUUUUCAGUAUACGGAUUGAUUAUUUUCAUGGACUAAUGAGGCAAGGGAUGCGGAGAUUUGACAAAUUGGGGAGAGUCGACAUGUCAUAAGACGUGUGAUGGAGAUUCAACAUUAUAGGCAACAGGAAAACGAUUUGAAGUUAAAUCAAAAAUUUUUCGAUUGUAUCGUCCCCAGGCUAGCCUUUGUAGAAUACCGAAGCGAUAUUAUUUAUUGACGGAGCAAAUCUUCGUGUUUUAAGGGUAUUUAUUUUGUCAUUUCGUCAGAAACAUUUUUUAUUGUUACACUAUAUUUACAAAGUAUUUCAAACUUUCUUUUGGAGAAAAGAGCAAAGAAAGUUUCUUGCUUUUUAAUAUUACGUAUUGUAUCACGUAUUUUUAUUUGUGUAAGCGAAAAGAAAUUAUCGGGACGAAACGUUGUGUUCAGUAUUUCCCAGUUACCGUACGAGAAAAUAAAAAUACCUCAUUUUUUAAGUUUUUUUUCGAGAGGACUACAAGAGAAUCACGCUAUAUAAUCGCAUUUUGGCUGGGUUCCUCAAGAAAUCGAAACAUUUCACUGUGGCAUUAGACAUAAUUUUUUGGCAAUAUGCUGUGUGACUACCAUGGUAUUGCAACAAACGAACAACAACAGCUUUAUACGUAGCAAGUGAGAAAUCUUACAAUAUAACAACGCUCUAAUUAAACUACAUCAAUUUAGUGGAAAAAUAUCAACUUCGUAGAAAAUUUUAAUACAUCUUUAAGAAUGUAUCAGAUACAGUCAAUAAACUGGUCUUUAAAAAAUUUAAAAUGCA